UAUGUUGUACUUGUAGGUUCAGUUUGAUGAAGGCUCUUACAGUCUCGAGUUUUCUGUUCGUCUUUGUUGAUCAGCACGAGACAACGACUCAUUUGGAUUGUCGCAGAUCGACUUGUUGUCCAUUUCUUUGUAUUUGGCGCUCCUAUUUCCUAGCACACAAUCAUCAUUGUUGCAUUUUGCCUUGGUCAGUCGCCGGGUAGCAAGCCUGUAACUGCAGCGUUUGCGUCUUCUACGCCAUGCAGUCCUAUGAAAAGCACUGCAAAAUCGGCGAGGGCACAUAUGGUGUGGUGUACAAGGCGCGGCAUCGCGAAACUGGGGAGAUAGUGGCGCUGAAGCGAGUCCGUCUGGACGACGACGACGAAGGUGUCCCAAGCUCUGCAUUGCGAGAGAUUUGCCUACUGAAGGAGCUGAAGCACAAGAACAUUGUACGGUUACUUGAUGUCAUACACAGUGAGAAAAAAUUGACAAUGGUGUUCGAAUAUUGCGACCAGGAUUUGCGACGGUACUGUGAUGGGCUGAAGAGUGGGCUGCCUCCAAGUCAGGUCCAAUCCCUAAUGUACCAACUCUUACGUGGAUUGGAUUUUUGCCACGAGUCCAACAUAUUGCACCGCGACCUGAAGCCGCAGAAUCUGCUGGUCAACCGCAACGGCGACCUCAAGUUGGCCGACUUUGGGCUGGCGCGUGCUUUUGGAAUCCCGGUGAAGUCGUUUAGUGCCGAGGUGGUCACACUGUGGUAUCGGCCACCGGACGUACUCAUGGGAGCGAAAAUGUACACAACGUCCAUUGAUAUGUGGUCCGCUGGUGUAAUAUUUGCAGAGAUGUCCAACUGUGGACGACCCUUGUUGCCAGGUUCAGACAUCGAUGACCAGCUUAAGCGCAUCUAUCGCCUUGUUGGCACGCCGACGGAGGUUGACUGGCCAGAGAUGAAGCAGUGUCCAGACUUCAAACAGUUGGCCGUGUACAAUGCUCAGCCGCUGUCGCUGAGCACGGACGCUCGCAACCUACUCUCCAAGCUGCUUAUCUGUAACCCGGAUAGGCGCAUGGCAGCACAGCAGGCACUUCAGCAUCGUUACUUUGCAGAUUGCCCAGCCGCCUAGACUGGGGCAGGCAAUGUGCCGCAGUUGUUGGCAUGGACAUGGCCACGAGUGCCACCCACAGCUGACUGCAUCAUUGUGCGGCUAGUACAGCCACUGUACAGCCACUGUACUUCCGGCGUGCAGUGUAAACAUAUCAUCAACAAACAACGAACAUGUACAUCUGGAUAUACAAUGCACUUGCAAGUCCUUAGUACUUUGUCUGGAGCAGUCACCGUACCCCAGUAGCAGUCACCGUACCCCAGUAUAUUGUGUACGCUGCUCACUGUAUGUGCUGGUCCGGAACCAGUAAGAGCACCAUGUCAGGUGGUACUAUGGCGGAUAUAGUGGCCCUUGACUGUGAAGGAUAGCGUGGAACAUGACUUCUUAGCUUCUAGUGUAAGCCAGCAGCCACUCAUCGGAGCAUUGGUAUGCUUGUGCAGCCGUUUCUUCUGGCAGACUAGCAAGGAGCUGUGAGUAGCUAUGGUACAUGUGUAGCACUCUUUUCUUUCUUGUCCUCGACAAUUCUCAUGAUAACUGAUCAUUUAAAUUCAUUAUGACUAAUUCCUAUUCCUCUGUACAUUAUACUGCUGCUGCUGCUGCUGCUGCUGCUGCUGCUAUUGCACCUAUUGCUUUAUUACUUUACCUCUGCUGUUUUGCAAGGCAGUAGCACUCCUGUGUGCUGUGGCCUCUCCAGCCCUGGGUUGUCUAGUGGAGAGUUGGUGUCAGCCGUGUUCUAAUCUGCAUCAACACACCACCGUUGUCAGUUUCGUAGUUGCUCUUGUUUUUACAUUGUUUACCAUAUUUUUUAAGCGUUAAGUACCGUCUACGGUAUAGCCAUAUUUGGAACAGAUUUAACUCCGGAUCUCAAAAAAAGAUUAUAUUUUUGCUUUA